AAGACACAUGCCCGCUUCCUUUUCCGCCACAGUUUGAACUGGCAGUUGUUAUUGUUGUGGAGGUCUGGGAUUGAAGUUUUUGCAGAUGGAUUUUCCCGAUCCUUCGUGUUAUUCAGGCAAAUAAGACAACUAUAAGCCAUUUACAUGUAGCACUUCUUACCACACGUACAGUGUUCAUUUAGUAAAACGGGCGAAACGCGGGUGGAAGUCUACCGAGAUGUCUCUGCCACCGGAGAAAGCAUCUGAACUAAAGCAGAUCAUACACAACCAUCUGAUCAAGAUGAACAUCCAUGCGAAGAUCAGGGAUGUGUUGGCGGAGACCGUGAGAGAGGAUCUGGACCCUGGACAUAGCUCUCUGUCUGAGGAGGACUUCCUCCGGGCUCUGCAACGCAGGGGAAUCGUAGACGAUGUCAUGAAGGAUCUUCAUUUCUCCAAGGAAGUGCCUGACACAGAGUUAGGACUCCAGAACACUCCGAAGCCUGCAACUCACUUUAUUGACAAGGACCCGACGAAGCUCAAGAAAACCAACAUGGACCCAGCGAGGAGGUACCUGUACCUCCAGGUCCUGGGGGGUAAGGCCUUUCUAGAGCACCUCCAGGAGCCAGAGCCUCUACCUGGUCAGGUCUGCUCCACCUUCACCCUCUACCUGCACUUCAGGAACCAGCGCUUCCACUCCAAGCCUGUCCCCUGUGCCUGUGAGCCAGACCUGCAGGAGGGCUUCCUGCUGGAGAUACACAGAGAGGGCCUGGGCGAUGGCAGUAAGAUGGCAGAUGCCACCACGAUGUUGUCUAUAUGUGACCCGGUACACCUGGUGUUGAUAAAGAGAGACACGUCCAGCGAGACCACCCUGGUCUCCUCUUACUUCCUGGACUGGAGGACCGUCCUCUCCUCUCCCUCUGGGAAGACCAGCAUUGCCGUAGAACUGCUUGGAGUCGGUAGUGAAUGUAAGGUGACGGCUGGUGUACUCAACAUGAGUCUUGACCUUUACCCUCCUCUGUCAGAGAUCCUGUCACCUGACAUCAUUACCACACAGCAGUCCCUGGAGCGGCAGAAGACGGCGGAGAAGGAGAGGCUGUUUCUGGUUUAUGCGAAACAGUGGUGGAGAGAGUUUCUAGAGAUCAGACAGGCCAACCAAUCCAAACUGGUCAAGAUCUUUGCUCAGGAUGAGAACGGCGUCAACAGGCCGGUGUGUUCCUACGUGCGUGUCCUGCGUGCUGGUCGUCUCCUGGAGAGUCCCCGUCAGGCGGCCCGCUUCGUUAGCCUGCUGGGCCUGGAGAAAGCCCCCGUGGUGGGGGGAGGAGGAGGGGGCAAACAGGAGCAGUGGUGCUCCCUUCUCGCCUUCCUCUGUAGAAACAAGGGCGACUGUGAGGACCAUGCCACCCUGCUGUGCAGUCUGCUGCUGGGGUUCGGCCUGGAUGCCUACGUGUGUGUUGGCACUAAGCCCAAGAGCCUGGCACACACCUGGGUGAUGACCAGGGGCACUGACAGCACCAUCACCUUCUGGGAGAGCCUGACCGCACACAGGUACCUCCACCAGGCCAUUGACCCAGAUGCCCCUCCCCUGGCCCCCCAGCCCCGCCCCUCCUAUCCCUACAGGACCAUCGGCUGUGUGUUCAACCACAGGUCCUUCCUGGCCAACUGCCAGCCGUCGGACGCCGUGGAACUCUGCUCGUUCGACUUCCACAACCAGUCCCAGUGGAAGGCUAUGAGUGAGGAGGCUGUUGGCUCAGUCUGCUCCCCAGGCAGCACCACCUCUCUGCCCCCUCUACCUCCUCUCUGUGGCCCCUCCCUGGAGCCCAGCGCUGCCUCCAACCAGCUGGAACUGGAGCUGAGGUACCUGGUGGUGGAACACAGGAAGGACCUUGGCCUGGCCACAGUGUGGGAUGACCACCUGUCCUACGUCCUGUCCUCCGCCCUGGCGGCGUACGAGCUGGAGCGCUGCACGGGGACUUCCUGCGGUAACGAGGAGUUCCAGGAUGCUGUGCGGAGGGCGGUGCCGGACGGACACACCUUCAAAGGUUUCCCUAUCCACUUCCUGCACCACAACGCACGGCGAGCCUUCGCUACCUGCCUCAGGUCUCCGUUCUGUGAUGAGAUAGUGUGUUGCCGUGGGGACCACGUGAGGCUGGCGGUGCGUGUCCGGGUGUUUGCGUACCCCGAGUCUGCCUGUGCCGUCUGGGUGAUGUUCGCCUGCAAGUAUCGUUCUGUACUCUGACCUCUGACCUUUGACACGCCCCCACCGUUGGAGGAACAUCAAGUUUAAGGGACCAGGGACCUCCCCAUACCAUAAUAACACCAUACUGAAGGGCUGAUACCAUAUCUAUUGAAUUACCAGGGACCUCCCCAUACCAUAAUAACACCAUACUGAAGGGCUGAUACCAUAUCUAUUGAAUUACCAGGGACCUCCCCAUACCAUAAUAACACCAUACUGAAGGGCUGAUACCAUAUCUAUUGAAUUACCAGGGACCUCCCCAUACCAAUGACGGCCUAGGAACAGUGGGUCAACUGGUCUAGGAACAGUGGGUCAACUGGUCUAGGAACAGUGGGUUAACUGGUCUAGGAACAGUGGGUUAACUGGUCUAGGAACAGUGGGUUAACUGGUCUAGGAACAGUGGGUCAACUGGUCUAGGAACAGUGGGUCAACUGGUCUAGGAACAGUGGGUUAACUGGUCUAGGAACAGUGGGUUAACUGGUCUAGGAACAGUGGGUUAACUGGUCUAGGAACAGUGGGUCAACUGGUCUAGGAACAGUGGGUCAACUGGUCUAGGAACAGUGGGUCAACUGGUCUAGGAACAGUGGGUCAACUGGUCUAGGAACAGUGGGUCAACUGGUCUAGGAACAGUGGGUCAACUGGUCUAGGAACAGUGGGUCAACUGGUCUAGGAACAGUGGGUUAACUGGUCUAGGAACAGUGGGUCAACUGCCUGUUCAGUGGCAGAACCACAGAUUUGACAGACUUACUGUAGGUACUGAUACCAUAUGUUUUGGGUUAACUGGUCUAGGAACAGUGGGUUAACUGGUCUAGGAACAGUGGGUUAACUGGUCUAGGAACAGUGGGUUAACUGCCUGUUCAGGGGCAGAACCACAGAUUUGACAGACUUACUGUAGGUACUGAUACCAUAUGUUUUGGGUUAACUGGUCUAGGAACAGUGGGUUAACUGCCUGUUCAGGGGCAGAACCACAGAUUUGACAGACUUACUGUAGGUACCGAUACCAUAUGUUUUGGGUUAACUGGUCUAGGAACAGUGGGUUAACUGGUCUAGGAACAGUGGGUUAACUGGUCUAGGAACAGUGGGUUAACUGGUCUAGGAACAGUGGGUUAACUGCCUGAUGUUUUGCGAUUCGAUACUGUGAUCUUGUUGUAAUUCCCAAACAUGUAAUAUAUUCCCUGAUAUGUAACUAUUGAUUCCCUCCUGUCACUACAAUGUGUUGUCUUUCUACUGUCUUAUUACAGACUUUGUUUACUCUAUGAGAAUGUAUUUAUAGCUACAUAUAUUUUUUUCUAAAUAAAUUAUUUACUUUUUAAAAAA